AUGCUCUUCUCUAAGUUCUAUGACGUCCUUGAAGACCAGAGACUUCACCGUCUACUUUUCCUAAUUCUAAUUGGGAUAUAUAUCUACAACGAGCUUAGGUCAUGGUGGCAUGUUUUGGGACGCCCAUUGUACGUCAGGAUUACAACGACACUUAGCGACUACCGAUCCGGAAAGUACUACAAGCCAUGGGGAUCAAAUGCGCCGAUCUUCAUCGUAUCCACGAAGAAGCAGAUCGCCGAACUUAGCGAAGCAACAUGUCUCUCUCAACGGGCUGUAUACGCCGAUAUGUUUGGGUUUAAGCACACGAUGAAUAAACUCGAGCACAACACUAGUAACCACAAGGUUAUCAGAACGAGGCUAUAUAGCCGCAUUCUCCAAGUCAAUGGGCCCAUCCACCUAGCUGCUCUGUAUCCUCGCCUAGUUAAUCAGUUCGAUGCUAGCCUAGCGAAAGAACUUCAAGAGGGACGUAUUCUGGACGGAAGUGUUUCCUUGCCUAUUGCAGACACCGCUCGGCGACUAGUCUCCAAGCUCAUGAGUCUUAUGUUUUUUGGAGACUCCCUAUGUUCGGACGAGGAGUUCUCUUCCGCGCUCUUGCGUUAUCCUCAGGAUAUGGUAAAGUGCAUGGCGGCCUUUCAGGUAGUGCCAUCAUUCAUGUCUCCGAUCAUCCAUGCAUUGCUUACCAACCGUGGAGAAGCUAUGCACUUAAUCCAGAGGAAGCUUGCCUAUUGCAUACGACCUGAAAACUCAAGCCAAACUGAUUCAAAGCAAAGUCAACGCCUCACCAUCCUUCACAACAUUAUCACAUUGGCAGAUUCUAGCGAUUAUUGGAAUCCAGACCUCCUCUCGCAGUCUCUUCUCGGAAUUUGGUUUGCAGCUUCUCACCAGCCGUGGAUGAAUCUGCACUUCGUCUUAUUAGAACUAUGUACACGGAAGGAAUGGCAGAACGCCCUGCGUCAAGAGAUAGAACAAUACGGUCCAUUAGACUACAAGGGCCUGGAACAGUUACCCCUUUUGGAUGGCUUCAUAAAGGAGACGGUCCGAUGUAAUCCUCUAGAUACGCUUGCAAUUCGCAGAAAGGCACUAGAGCCUUAUACCUUCUCCGACGGUUCCGUGUCUGUUCCUUCGGGCGCAACCGUCUGUGUAUCGGCGCAUGAUCUUAUGCAUAAUCCGCAGACAUAUGCUGAACCAGACGCUUUCAACCCUAAUCGAUAUCUACCUCAAGAACCAAAUGCCCAACAACGGAAAUUCACCGAGGUCUCUGAGACGUACCCUAUUUGGGGUUUUGGGUCACUUGCCUGCCCUGGCCGGUUCCACGCGUCUCUGGCAAUUAAAAUAGCUAUCUCACAGUUACUUUUGAAGUACGACUUGAGUCUUGAAAAUGAUAAAGCUAGGACGAAGUGGACUUGGGAAACGUUCACCAUGCCGUACAAAAGCACUAAGAUCAUCUUGAAGGACCGAAGUUUGUAGAUCCUUGAUCUACAUGAUAUUAGAAGUUUGUGUACCUCCCAUCUGUUUAUAUGUCCACAUAGGCAAAGAUAGAAUAUACCCAGCAGUGCCCAGCCUUGAACUGGAUAAAUAAAGCUUUGAUUUUGGCCUUCAUGACUAUCGAUAACUCGCCUUAGAGGUUUAUUGGCAAUGACGUAUCCAUUCCGAGCGCCUUGAGGCCUCUAGAACCUUUUGUCUGUAUGACAUCUGCCCCGGCUUUAGGUGAGGUGGACCUGCGCGUCUUGUACUCCAAUAUAUUCCGCCAUCUUCGACGGUAGACUUUAUGACUGAGCGGGCGUGUAGGUGUUGAUUACAUGUAUGAUGGUAAUGUACAUCCAAGACGGCGCUACUUCCGUAUGAUACUGAUAUAAACAUACCAGCUUGGUGUUUAGGUAUAUAUACAUUGGCUAGUUGACUCCAUUCAUUGCGAGUGGGUUAUGCGUCAUGAUUCUUUCUGAAAUGUGGACAAAUCUCAGCGCCCACGGUCAUUCUCUUAGUUGUUACUUAUCAAUCCCGAUUCCCAAUAGCCUAUCUGGAUCAAAUAGCCAGAGCAGUAAGUAGACGUCACUCUCAUAGCGACAAACGAGUAUGCUUAAAAUCCCGAAUCUCUCUCAUGGUUCCCACCUGCCUAUUCGGAAGAUAUCUAAUGUAGAAAUUUUACCCGUGCUAUGCAAUAUG